AUGUCCACCUCGAUAUCCUCCAUGCAAAACCCCUCCUGUCUUCUCUAUGGCGCCGGCGACUGCCGCUACGAAGACCGACCCAUUCCCACCAUCGAAGACCCCAACGACGUGAUAAUCCGCAUUGCGUACACCGGUGUCUGCGGAAGCGAUGUGAGUUUCUGGGUCCAUGGCGGCAUCAAACGCCGCAUCACGCCCGAAAACCCAGUCGUGAUGGGCCACGAAGCAUCCGGCACAGUGCAUGCCAUCGGAUCUGGCACACACCAUCUCAAACCGGGCGAUCCGGUGGCCAUCGAGCCCGGAUAUCCGUGUCGACGCUGCGAGCUGUGCAAAGCGGGUCGAUACAAUCUCUGUCCCAGGAUGAAAUUCGCCGCAGUCCCUAGUAGCUGUCAUGGGACGUUGACGAGGUUUUUCAAGAUCCCCGGGGAUUAUUGUCAUUCGUUAGUACCAGCAUCGGGAUCGGGAUCGGGAUCGGGAACCGUAGACUCAGAUCCUAAGUUGGGUCUAGGUCUCGACGAAGCCGUGCUGAUGGAGCCAUUAGCCGUGGCGAUCCACUCCGUUCGCUCGGUAGGCGUCACGCCGGGGAGUCGGGUGGUAGUGUUCGGUGCCGGCACGGUGGGGUUGUUAUGCGCGAGCGUGGCACGAGAGUUCGGCACGAAACAAAUCAUCAUUGUGGAUGUGAACGCGCAAAAGCUGGAGUUUGCGGAGAGUGUGGUUCCGAACCCGCAUGUCUCUUUCGGCACAUAUAUUCCCUCGUCGACGCUCUCGACAGAGGAAAAUGCUAGUAAACUCCUGGAACAAUUCGAUUCUACGUCUCAUAACAUCGGGGAAACAGGAAUUCCGGGCUUUGAUGUCGUGAUCGAAGCUACUGGCGCUGAACCCUGCGUGCAGAUGGGCAUUAAUGUUCUCCGGGCUGGGGGUGCUUAUAUCCAGACGGGCAACGGGAAGAGGAAGGUGGAGUUUCCGAUUUCCACGGUGGCAGAGAAGGAGAUCACGGUGCGAGGGUGCUUUCGGUAUGGACCAGGAGAUUUUCAGCUGGGGGUGAAGAUGGCGAGUGAGGGUAGGAUUCAGGUGAAGAGGUUCAUUACGAAGGUGGUGCCGUUUGAGAGCGCCGUGGAGGCGUGGGAGACGACGAGGAGGGGAGAAGGGAUCAAGACUUUGAUUAAGGGGGUUGAGGAGUAG